UCCCCCCCUCCCCACUUCCACAUGACGCCAUUUACAGCAUAAACCCGACCUCCUCUCCGGAAAGAAGAAAAAAACAAGACGAGAAAGAAAAACUUGAAAGCAACUCAGUGUGCGAUGCAGCCAAACAUCCAACAACCACAGCGACGGGGCUUGAGAACUCUCCAGCUUACAUGCGUGCUCGCUCGCUACAUUUGAUGAUGAUAAACUUGUGAAAGGAGCGCCGAGGCUCACGAAAGUAUCUUUGGAAAGUAUCUUUGGUUUACUUGCUUUUUUGCACCUAAAUAAGUUCGUCGGCGAACACUCCGAUUGAUUACUUCUUGGCUGUUGUUGGUCGCGUGUUCAUGUGGAUUGGAAUGCGCUUUCGUGCGCUUUUAAUGCGUAAAAAUCGAAGUGAUUUUGGACAUAUAUGUGGAACCAUAUCGCUGAAUUGGAUUUUGUGGAUGUGCUACCAGAUGGACUAAGAUCCAGCGUUGGAAGAAAGUUUACUAAUUCUGGAUAUUAUUAUUCCAAAACAAAAACGGAGGCUGUACUGGUGAAAACACGGUCUGCAGAUGUGUUCCCCGCCUGACGGAGCGAGCCCUCAGCAGAGUACCGAUGGAGACGAGAACUCAAAAUGGCGGCGUGGGCGGCGGCAGCACGCCGGGAGGCUUGCUGCUGCGCGCUCUGCGUGACGGUGGCGGCGGCAGCAGCAGCAGUGGCCGGCCCCAGGCGGCAGCGGGGGAAGCGGGCGAGCCCCCCCUCCUCCGCGAAGCGCCCGUGCUCUCCCUGGACCAGAUCCGCAGCGUGCGCACCAGCAAUGAGUACACCGAGGGCCCCAGCGUGGCCCCUCCGCCGAGGCCCCUCUCCUCGCAGGGGAAGCCUGGGGACGCAGCACCGGGCCUGGGCAUCACGGCCCAGAGCCUCCCCCUGACCCCGGACGAGAGCAUCCUGGACCAGCAGUGGGCCCCCCAGCGGGCCUCCACGUACCCCCAGCCCACUACGCACUUGGUGCCGCGGGACGCCCCGAGCCGCUUGGCCAGCGCCGAGAGCCCCCGGGGUCUGUCUCCGGCCAGCGCCCGGACUAGUACCGGCAGCUCCUCGUCUGAGCAGCGGCUGCUGCUGGCCGGCUCCUCGCCCGUCACCCCGGACCGCGUGGUCCGGGCGCAGCCGGCCAAGCGCUCGGACGCCAAGUCUGAAGACCUGAAGCCCCUGGCUGCGGGCGGAGGCGGAAGAGGAGGAGAGGCUGAGGGCCUGGGCAAGCAGCACGCGCACCACUGCCAGGACUGUGGACGGUGCGUGUGCAAGGAGUGCGUGCUGCCGCGCCACCUGCCCACCUACUGGCUGUGUGGCCAGCGGUGCCUGUGCUCGGCCGAGAGCGCCGUGGAGUACGGCACGUGCGUCUGCUGCGUCAAGGGCCUCUUCUACCACUGCUCCAGCGACGACGAGGACACGUGCACCGACAAGCCCUUCUCGUGCAGCCAGGCACACCGCUGCGCCCGCUGGUCAGCCCUGGGCGCACUCACGCUCCUCCUGCCCUGCCUGCUGUGCUACCUCCCGGCCAGGGGCUGCCUCGCGCUCUGCCAGGCCUGCUACGACCGCGCCACGCGGCCCGGCUGCCGCUGCAAGAGCGCCAACGUCGUCCACUGCAAGAACAUUGACAAGCCCACGUAAGGGCAGAAGCAGAAGGAGAGAGAAAGGUUUAUGGUUUAACGCCAUGCGGCACGCAGAGGAGAGGAGAGGGGUGGUGUUGGAGAUGGAGCGGUAACCCUGGCUUGGAUGUGAGAAAAGGUUACGGUGAGGUUACGAGAGGAGGAGGAAAAAAGACGGGCAGGUGGAGAAGCUCCCAGCUGGGGCGGAUGGAGCUGUGACGUCUGAGCUGGCACUGUACACGUGGCGUGGCGUAGCGUGGCAUGGCGUGGGUCUCAUGGGAGCUGUUUGAAAAUUAGGUUUUCUUUUUCUUUUUCCUUUUUUUUCCUUCCCUCUUUCUUUUUCACACUCUCAGCUGUCACUCUUAAUGGAGUGCUUGAUAAAGAACCAUAAGUGUCUUCCCCCAUAUUGUUAAGCUGAAGACCAGAAUGUUAGCCCUAUUGACAUUCAAUAAUACGACUGAUAUGUUAAGGCAGCAGUCUUUUUCCUGACUAACUGUUUGUGAAUAGUAUCUUCAAAGUAUGUAAAUUAGCAAAUUACCUUUUUCCUGUCAGAGAUGUUUUAUUUUUGUACAUAUAAUAUUUCAACUGUGAAAAGCAUUGUGCCAAACCAGAGGCACCUUGAUAGAUCCUUAUAUAAAUAUAUAUAAAUUUAUAUAUACAUAUAAAGAUUUAGACAUCUAUAUUAUUUUGUACAUUCAUGUGAAUGUAAGUCAAUCAGUUUUGAUAUAUUUGCCUUACAGAAGAAAAACCUACCAUGAAUUAUCCCUUCAACUUUACUUGUAAAUUGUACAGUGACCUGAAGAAAAAAAAACUUUAUUUUCUAAUUUCAACACAUUGUUAGUGUAAAGAAUAUUUAUUUGAAGUUUUAUUAUUUUAUAAAGAAGUAUUUAUUUGGAGAGGCAUCUUAUAGGAAUCACCCCCAUUUUGAAAUAGUCCUUUGUUGUUGCUGCAAACAAGGGUGGCAAGGGUGUCAUUUGAUGCAUAUGUUCACUAUGAAAUAGAAAAUAUAUUAACGUUUGAAAUUAAA